AUGCUGGCAGAAGAGCAAAUCUUUAAUGGGAAGGUUUUCCUUAGAUCAUAUUUAGACGCCAUCCUAUGCCUAAAGCAAAUAGCUGUCAAAGAAACUACUUAUCUCCAAUGUAUGGACUAUUUUCUUAUGUCAAAAGGUGUAAAGGAGACAGCUUCGCCAUCCCAAGUCCAAGAAGCGUCAAAUGUUUUUAGAUUUUCCAAGUAAAUUUUUAUUCAGAGUAUUUCUACGCAAAUAUUUUAUCCCUGAGCCACCUUCAUUUGGCGAUUUAUUAGAUUUAUUUAAAAAAAUCAAUGACGACCUAUCAGAGAGCCCAAAAACUGAAGAAAAAUAA